AUGCAAUUAGCUUCCAAGGAGUUUAAUAAUCGUAUCUUCACCCUUUCACUGCGUAUGUUUAACUUUACGCAAGGAUUUGAAAAUGACCUCGCUAACGGGCAGUCAGCUAAGAUUCAGAUUCUUCGGCAUCUCUUGGAGCAAACACCGAGUCCACUCCGUCCCGCCGUGUCACGGGGCAAUGAGCACGGUCCACUUCGUGACGUGAUAGCGCCUCAGUCCUGGGCGACGUGUGACCAGGCUCUGAAAUCUGGCGCCGGACAGCCAAAACCUUUCACAGACCGCGCGCCACCCCACGCGCGGCCCCGACAGGAGCCGUCUGUCGGGGGCCCCUGGGGGCGGGGGGGGGGGGCCGCGCGGCUGGGGGCCCGGCCGCUGCUUCCACGCUCCCCGCCGCGGCGAGAGCUGCUUCGGCCUUGCCGAGGUGGCCCUCAGAGACGGGCUUUAACUGACUACCUAAAGCCUAUCGCUGAAGAAGAGAGAAGAAUAGAGGCUGAAGAGAAAAAGAAACGUGAAGAACUUGAGCGAAUUGCAAAAGAGCUUGCAGAAGCAAGUGAAGAGUCCAUACUGAAAUGA